UCACGAGCAAGUCACCGUCUGAACUCUGAACCCGAUCGAAACUUCCGACCCUCCGAGCGGCACAAUAAGACACCCGAUCGCCGACGCGGCGAGCGAGUUCAAGCCAAAGGGCAAACACCCUCUCUCUCUCUCUCUCUCUCUCUCUGCUCGCCAUCGGCAGUUGCUCCGCGUCAUCGAGCGCGCGGCGCCGGCGAUCCAUCCGCGCGCGAGAGAGAGUCUGUAACGGGGCGCUUGCACGGAGGGCAGGCGGCGCCCGGGUUGAACUCAGCGCGCGCGGCGGCGGGUCGGAUGGCUUCCUUCGAGAUGAGUGAACUCAAGAAGAUUGGGCUAGGCUUGACUGGGUUUGGAGUUCUAUUCUCGUUUCUUGGGAUCAUCAUGCUGUUUGACAAGGGCUUCCUCGCAAUUGGAAACAUUCUGUUUGUGUGUGGUGUUUCACUGACCAUUGGACUGCAGUCAACUGUGCAAUUCUUCACCAAACCUAAGAAUCACAAGGGCUCAAUCUCUUUUGGAAUUGGCUUCUUCCUGAUCCUUGUCGGUUGGCCGUUCUUUGGCAUACUGGCAGAGGCAUACGGCUUCGUCAAGCUCUUCAGAGGCUUCUGGCCAACCGCUGCUGUGUACUUGCAAAAGAGCCCCACCUUCGGUUGGAUAUUCCACCACCCUCUUGUGACUUCGCUGCUCACUAGGUUCAGAGGAAGACGUGUCCCGGUGUAAUCGUCGCUUUGCGGCCGAUCACUCUAAAAGGAAUGCCGGAUAGCCUGUAAAGAAACUCGUUUGUUCGUUCGAUAUAGUAGCAAUUCAUUGGUGCUGCUGGUAUGCAAUUCUUGCUGUGCGCUGCUACCAGUAUUUUCGUCUCAAGACCUCAAGAAAUCGUUAACUACGCCUGCCAUUUGUUUUCUGUAGAAACUAGGAGUAGAAUAAUAGAAUGUCUCUCUUGCUUAAGGAGACAGUACAACGUAAAUGGGUAGAAUUGUCACCUUAAGGAGGUUAUGCUCAGUGCAUGACUGAUUAAUUGAUUUGUAGGCCAGUCGUAUGGAAUAUCAAGUUUUGCAUUUGCUGC